CGUCGCCGUCCCCACCCGCCCAACACCGCACCGCUCCGUCCGAAUGCCAAGUACAGCAGACAUGCGUCCCCAUCCCUGAUAUCCCCACCGCCACCACCGCUCCGGCCGCCGCCUCUCGCCCAGCAAAUCCCACUCUCCACCCAGCCAGCCCGCAGCUCCAGCUCGCGUUCCCCUUUCUUCCUCCCUCCCUCACCCUGCGUCGCCGGACGAACACCGGGACAUCGCCCUGCGGCGGCCGGGCCAGAGGCGUCGAUCGGCGCGGCGGCAUUGGUUGGUGUUAGCUAGGCGGGGAGGGGGCGGGCAGGAUGAGCAUGUACGGGAGGGACCCGUGGGGCGGGCCGCUGGAGAUAUGCCACGACUCGGCCACGGACGACGACCGCAGCCGGAACCUGGACAUCGACCGCGGCGCGCUGUCGCGGACGCUCGACGAGACGCAGCAGAGCUGGCUGCUGGCGGGGCCCGGGGACCAGGGCCGCAGGAAGAAGAAGUACGUGGACAUCGGCUGCCUCGUCGUCAGCCGCAAGUUCUUCGUCUGGACGCUCGGGGUGCUCCUCGCCGCCGCCGUCUUCGCGGGGGUCGUGGCCGGGAUCGCCAAGGCCAUACCCAGGCGACACCGCCCGCCGCCGCAGCCCGACGACUACACCGUCGCGCUGCACAAGGCGCUCAUGUUCUUCAACGCGCAGAGAUCUGGCAAGCUUCCGAAGCACAACAAUGUACCAUGGCGUGGCAACUCUUGCAUGAAGGACGGACUCUCUGACCCGGCAGUCCGGCGAAGCCUGGUUGGCGGGUACUAUGACGGUGGCGACGCCGUCAAGUUCAACUUCCCAGCUGCAUUCUCCAUGACCCUCCUCAGCUGGAGUGUCAUUGAGUACAGUGCCAAGUAUGAAGCUGUUGGGGAACUUGGCCAUGUCCGUGACAUUAUCAAGUGGGGAGCAGACUACUUCUUGAAGACCUUUAACUCCACAGCCGAUAGCAUUGAUCGUGUCGUUGCGCAGGUGGGAAGUGCUGCAACGUCGCCUGGUUCUACACAACCCAAUGAUCACUAUUGUUGGAUGAGGCCAGAGGACAUUGACUACCCACGUCCAGUGGUCGAGUGCCACGCUUGUUCGGAUCUUGCUGCUGAAAUGGCUGCAGCAUUAGCUGCAGCUUCUAUUGUAUUCAAGGACAAUAAGGCUUACUCACAGAAACUUGUACAUGGUGCUACCACUCUCUUCCAAUUUGCAAGGAAUCUGCGUGGGAGGUAUAGUGCAGGCGGUUCAGAUGCUGCAAAGUUAUACAAUUCAACCAGUUACUGGGAUGAGUUUGUGUGGGGUAGUUCAUGGAUGUACCUUGCGACUGGCAAUUCGUCAUACUUGACUCUAGCCACACACCCCAAGCUUGCGAAGCAUGCUGGUGCUUUCUGGGGUGGUCCGGAUUAUGGUGUCUUCAGUUGGGAUAAUAAGCUCACCGGUGCACAGGUUCUUCUAAGCCGGUUAAGGCUUUUCUUGAGUCCUGGAUAUCCGUAUGAAGAGAUGCUCAGGGCAUUCCACAACCAAACUAGCAUUAUCAUGUGUUCCUAUCUUCCCAUCUUCAAGUCUUUCAACAGAACAAAAGGUGGUUUGAUUCAGUUAAAUCACGGGAAGCCACACCCCCUUCAAUAUGUGGUCAACGCUGCAUUCCUUGCUUCUGUGUUCAGUGACUAUCUUGAGGCUGCGGAUACCCCUGGAUGGUAUUGUGGCCCCCAUUUCUACUCUAUUGAGGUUCUUCGGAGCUUUGCAAGGACUCAGAUUGAGUACAUCUUAGGAAAGAAUCCUUUGAAGAUGAGCUAUGUGGUUGGGUUUGGAAAGCAUUACCCCAAGCAUGUUCACCACCGGGGUGCGUCGAUCCCCAAGAACGCUGUUCACUAUGGCUGCAAAGGAGGGUGGAAGUGGAGGGACACCAAGAAGCCAAACCCUAACAUCAUAGUUGGAGCCAUGGUCGCUGGCCCUGAUCGCCAUGAUGGAUUCAAAGAUGCCCGCAAGAACUACAACUACACUGAAGCAACGCUGGCGGGCAAUGCUGGUCUAGUCGCAGCAUUGGUAGCUUUGUCAGGUGAAGGCCAUGGGGUGGACAAGAACACGAUGUUCUCUGCAGUGCCGCCCAUGUUCCCUUCACCUCCACCACCACCGGGGCCAUGGAAACCAUAGUGGGUGCGAGUAUCUGAUUCUUUUGUAGAUCCCCCCUCCUCAUGUCGCAAUACUGCUGUGGAGUUCUAACAAGCGAAGAUGUAGCAUCGCGAUUUGGUCUAUCUUUCAGUGUUGUGUAAUCGCCGUGCUGUGUAUGGAACUAAGUUGUGUAUGAAUCUCUACGUUCUAAUUUAGUAAUAGACUAGAAAGUGGUGCGCACUGUUGGUGUGCCAGUUUGUGCUGAUCCAGUGGAUGUCGUGUGAUAGUAUUAGCAUAAGUUAUAUUUUGCAAAUUUAAAAGACUAUGUAACUAUUGGGAACUAUUUGGGAACGAUCUGAUUUUUAACUUUUUUUU